GUUGCGUUUUAGUAUUUAUUACAGUUAAAACGGUUAAAAGGCGCGGAAAAAAGUGGAUUUCAAGUGAAGGAAAAAAUUUAUAAAUUUUUAUAAUAUACAGAGAGUAGGUAGUUGGCAAAAACUUUUAGGUUUUUUAGUUUAAAAUAAAAUAGCUAAGUGAAAAGUUGCAGCACAAAUCAACAAAAUGUCGUUACUAACGGGUAGUGCGAAUACUAUCAAGUAUGUGCUCUUCGCAUUCAAUUUGAUAUUUAUGAUCACUGGCAUCAUAUUGAUUGCUGUCGGUGUUGGUGUAGCAUCCGUUUUCUACGGCUAUCAAGUAUUGCUUGCCGGCAAUUUCUUCUCAAUACCGACUUUCCUCAUCGUCAUUGGCGUCUUCGUUAUACUCAUCUCAUUCUUCGGUUGUUGGGGUGCACUCAAAGAGAACUACUGCCUAACGCUGAUAUUCGCCAUUUUGCUCGGCUUAAUCUUCAUACUGGAAUUGGCUGCUGGUAUUAGUGGUUAUGUCUUGCGUUCAGAUGCUUCAGAUCUACUUAAUAAGAGUCUACAGGGUGCACUUAAAGAAUACAGUGAAGUUGAUGAGAAAAAUUCGUACACAAUGAUUUGGGAUUAUGUGCAAACUACUUUCGAUUGUUGUGGUGUGAACAGCUAUGCGGACUGGUCACAAUUUAAUGGUAGUUUGCCACUAUCUUGCUGCGUCAUACCCACUGGUGUUGUUGGUACAUACAGUUGCACUAAUAAGACAGAAAGUUCAAGGCUUCAUGGAAAGGGUUGUUUGACGGAAUUUUCGAAUUUUAUAGAAGCGCAUGCCGUUAGUUUGGGCGCUUGUGGCAUUGUGUUGGCCAUCAUUCAGUUCUUCGGUGUAUUGUUUGCCUGCUAUAUUGCACGUGAGAUAAAAAUCCGUAAUGGCAUAACCGGUUUCAUGGGAUGAAUUCGUCAAAUGAGCAGCUGUAUAGUGUUAUAUGUAGUGCGUGUUAAAAAGAAAAGUGACGUCUUUCCUAAACUAGUUUGUUGUUUAUAAAAUAACCAUUUAAUAUAUGUAUACCGUUAUACUAAAUAGCGCAUAUCUACUUAAGUAAACUGGCAUUUUUCUUUGCUUUAAGUUUUUGGCUAAAUAAUUGUAUUUGAUAUGCUCUUAAUAUAAUAUUAAAAUAAAUAAAAUACAAAAAAAUG